AUGCCGGUCCCGGAGAGCAGGUCGGUUUUCGAGGCCGCCCAGGACCCCGUCCUCCUGCACGGGCUGACCCUCGUCACCGGAGUUGCUGCGGAUUUGUGGGCCACCGAGCCAGCGCCUGUGAGCCACGAGAAACCUGCACCCACCAGCAGUGAGGAGAAGCCCCAUGGGGUCCCCGAGGUGCCGGAGCGGAUGUGCUGCUCGACCUGCGGGCAGGUGUUCGGCAGCCGGGAGGAGCAGACUGAGCACUACCGUCUCGACUGGCAUCGCUUCAACCUGAAGCAGCGACUCCUGGGGCGCCGGACACUGCCGGUAGAAGUGUUUGAGGAGAAGACCCGUGCAGGUGAUGUUUCCAGCAUCUCAGGGUCUGAUUCGGAGAGCUCUGAUACAAGCAGUGAGUCGGAGUUACUGCACCCUGCCAGUGACAGCCCCGCGACCCCCCCGGUCCCCCGCUCCCACAAGGUGCUGCUCCGCAAUGCGAAGGGCCAGCUCAUCUCUGCCUACCGCUGCGUGCUGUGCACCAGGAAGGGUGGCAUCGAGGAGCCAGUGGAGCUGACAGCAUCACUGCAGAGCCUCGAUGCGAACACGUGUUGGGUUGUGCUGAUGAUGGGCGGCGGGCAUUUCGCAGGAGCUGUGUUCCGGGGCCCCCAGGUGCAGGAGCACAAGACCUUCCACCGCUACACGGUGCGAGCCCGGCGGGGCACAUCCCAGGGCCUACGGGAUGCUCAGACCCCAGGAUCGGCACCCAGGUCAGCCGGAGCUUCUUUGCGGCGUUACAAUGAGGCCGCGCUGCUCAAGGAUAUUCAGGACCUGCUGGCAGCCUGGGCACAGCACCUGAAUGAAGCUCAACGCAUCUUCCUCCGGGCCCCUCGUCAUAACCGUGCGCUGCUCUUCGGUGGCAGGAACCCACCCCUCAGCCGGGGUGACCCUCGCAUCUGCCACAUCCCCCUCAGCACCCGCAGGGCCACCCUGCGAGAGGUGCUGCGAGUCCACACCACGCUGGCCAGCCUGCUGGUGUAUGGGAAGGACACACCACUGGAGGACAUCACUGGAUCCCCCCAGAAAGCCUGGCACAAGAGGCAGCAGAAAGCAGAGAUGGAUCCCCCACAGGAGGACGCAACCCGUGUUUUAUCACCCCCCUCAGUCCCAGAGGAGGAGGAGGAAGAAGAGGAGGAAAGCCCUGCAGGGGAGCUGGAGACUGUGGAAGUGACACUGGGGACCUUGGACCUCCGGGAGUUUGAAGUGAUGCCCAAGCGAAACCGCAAAAGGAGGAAGAAGAGGGACAAGAAGGUGGAGAAAGGGCCUUGUGCCGAAGAGACAGGAUGCCAUCGUACUCAGGAUGGGCAGCCUGGCCUGGAGCUGGUGACGGAGGGGGAGGCUGAAGGUGACCCCCUUCCCUGGGACGAUGGAGGAGACCUGCAGACCCAGCUCCGCAAUGCCCUGUUCACCGCCUGCAAAACGGGGGAUGUGGGGACGCUGCGGCACCUCCUGGGUAUGCCAGAGAGCGGAGGCCUGCCGGGGAACAGCAAGGAUGGGGAGGGCACGCAGCCCCUGGAUAUGACCCACUCCCUGCUCAACCAGCCUGUGGACGAGCACGGCUGCACCCUGCUUCACGUGGCAGCACGGGCAGGGAAGGCUGAGGCUGUGUGCCUGCUGCUGGAGGCAGGAGCUGCCCCUGCCCUCAGAGACAGGCAGGAGAGGACCCCCUACUGUGUGUCUGCUGACAAACUGACCCGUAACGCCUUCCGCAAGUUCAUGGUGGACCAUCCAGACAAGUAUGACUACAGCCGUGCCAAGGUGCCAGGGCCCCUCACGCAGGAGAUGGAGGCCAAGAAGCUGGAGAAGAAGCGGGCACAGAAAGCCCAGCGGAAGCAGCGGGAACAGGCGAAGCGGGAGGAGCAGCAACGCUGGGAGCAGGAGCAGGGAGAAAAGCAGCGAUUCGCAGCCCUGUCCGAUAGGGAGAAGAGGGCCCUGGCUGCCGAGCGGAGGCUGGCUGUGCAGCUGCAGGACACCGGCACAACUCUUACCAACAUCAGCCGCUGCUGGCAUUGUGGAGAGUCCCUGCUGGGCCGGAUCCCUUUCCAUUACCUCGACUUCUCCUUCUGCUCCACGGCCUGCCUGCAAACCCACCACCGGGCCCGAGCCAGCCAGACGUAA